GUGCCCGGCCAUUUAAUAGGAGCGUCAUGUUCACGCUGCUCGGUACCACGCCCAAGUGGUCGCUGAUUGGUCCGUCAGCGUAACGCCCCACUCGUCUAGCCAUAUCAUUGGCUGAAGCAGCAGUCACUCGACGUCUUCCCACGGUGACGAAUGCGCAUGAAAUCUAUAUUUUCUCUUUCAAUGAAGCGCGUGGGUCAUGGGGGGCGUCUAAGUGCCGGGGUCGUCUCGGCGGGGCUGGGUACCUCCGUCGCUCACACAUGGACAUUUUAAACCGGAGAAGUUGAUGUUUGUCGGUAUUUGGUGACAGAAUGGCGUUAAGAAAAAGACUAAAACUGUGCCUUUGCGCCCGUUUUGGGAUGGCCGGCCAGCGGCCUGUGUAACGUUUAGAUGUGAAGCGAAAGUUGCCGCUGUAGUUAGCUUGGUGGUAGCGGCUAGCUAGCUAGCUAGCUAGCUAACGGCUAGGCUUCCCGUUGCUUUAUCAGGAUAGUUGCUGGCAUCGGUCCCCAUUCCCUACACACCACCGCGGACGAGCCUCGCUUGGCGGUGCCUGGAGGCUCCCUCGCUGUGCUGACUGACGGGCGGGCAGGGCGCUGAAAUGAAGAGGGUGAACAGCCUCCAGAGGUUUAUGAACAGGCGUGCCUCUGCUAACUGUCGCUACCAGCCCACCUGCUAUGAGCAUGCUGCAAACUGCUACACUCAUGCGCUGCUCAUUGUGCCAGCCUUUGUGGGUAUGGCACUGCUGUACCGUUUGUCUGAUGACCGCUGGGAGCGGAUCACAGCCUGGGUGUAUGGCAUGGGCCUGUGUGGCCUCUUCUCGGUCUCCACUGUGUUUCAUAUCAUCACCUGGAAAAAGAGCCACAUGAGGUCUGUCGAGCAAUGCUUCCAUAUGUGUGACAGAGUCGUCAUCUACUUCUUCAUUGCUGCCUCCUACACACCUUGGUUGAAUCUACGUGAACUUGGCCCUCUGGCCGCACACAUGCGCUGGUUUGUGUGGCUAAUGGCUGCUGCUGGGACCAUAUACGUUUUCAACUACCAUGAAAAGUAUAAACUUGUCGAGCUGGCCUUCUACUUGACGAUGGGUUUUUUCCCUGCAUCAGUUGUGACGUCAAUGAGCAACACUGAGGGGCUUCAUGAGCUGGCCUAUGGGGGACUCAUCUACUGCCUGGGUGUCUUCUUCUUCAAGUCGGAUGGCAUCAUACCCUUUGCCCACGCCAUCUGGCAUGUGUUUGUCGCGCUGGCCGCUGCUGUGCACUACUAUGCCAUCUGGAAAUACCUGUACAGGAACCCCAGUGCGGAGACCCUCCUCGGCUCCUGACCAAUGGGGACCAGCCAGGAGAGCUGGUUGCUCAGCAAAAAGCGGUGCUGCACCAAGUGUACCCAACCCUCGUCAGCCCCCUGCCCCCCCCCCCCUUUCCACGGCACAGUGCUUUCUUAGCUAAGGCACCUCUGCACAUAAGACUCCCUUCAACUGCCCGAAGAGGCUGCGGCAAACGCCGAAAAGUUUACGAAAGAUGAACACACAUUGUUUACCGUUUUCUAAUGUGGACGGAGGACAGUUAGGUUUUUGUUGUUGUUUGUUUUUUUGUGCUGUCCUCUCCAACUAAAUACAAACCUCAGUCAGAAGCUACCUACAAAGUUGUUUUGUAGAACUUUUGUUCAAUUGGAACCAAAUGGCAACAUUCUUAACAAAGAGCAAAUUUUGACUCGCAGUUUAAAAAGAAAAAAAAAAACAGAAAAGAGGAAAAAAAAACCCUGCACGUUGGUGAAUAUUUGAAGUAUUUGAUAACAGCAUUUUGUAUCACUUGACAUUCCAUGCUCGCCGUCAUGCUGUGGUAAUUUUAUUCUGUGGUGGUUCUCUUUCACCCAUUGCAGUGGGUGGUUUGAUGCAGGCUGUGCUAGAGGGGGUGCUGAAGAGAGGCUCUGAUCAGCCGUUGUUAAUGAGUUUGAUGCCCGUGGAGUCAGUUUGUGCCCCCUGGAGGCUGGUAAGCGCUUCUCUUGUACAGCGAGUCAGAUGGAGAGGACAGGCUUCUCAUGUGACUUCAAGCGCUUGCAUGGGUGGAAGUUUGUGCAGCACGAUGUUUGGCACUUGAGUUGUUGUUGUUUUUACGAGGGACCAGCUUGAUCUUAAAAUGUCAGAUUUUCACUUUGAACUCAUUUUGCUUUGUACGUGUUCAAAUGUGGAUUCUCGUUUUUUUUUGUUUUUGUUUUUUUUCCUUUUGCUCAGUAUCCAAAUGCAGUCUUCAUUUUCCUGCAAUGCUCCGGUAAGCGCAGAACCACAACCAUUUGCUUUUUCCUGUUUCUGUAAAUAGCACCGGCGACCGUUCUGUGGAUGAGAAUGAAUUGACUUUCAGUGCAUUUCAGAGGAAGUGUAGGUCCGCCUGGGGAUCGUCAGUGUUGCCCUUGUGAUCUUGUGCUGUCUAGACUGAAGCACGAUGAUCUGAGCCACAGAGACGGGACUCUCCUGUGCACAUGGCCACCACAGCAGGUAAUGCAGGUUGGGGUGAACAGUGAUGGUUAGAGGGGGAAGCUCAGUAAAAACCAUACUGGUUCUUCUUCUGGUUUCAUGAGGGAUGGACAGUAACGCAGUGUGUGUGUGUGUGAGUGCUCUGUAUAGUUCAGGAACACUACCAUUUCCAUGGGUUCUGUGAGUAUUUGCCACACAUUGUACCACUAGGAAGACCGGUUGUUGAGUGUUCUGCACAAGUUAGAUCCCGUCGGCCAAGAAAGUUUAGAUCCAGUAACGCCAUCUUGUGGUGAUGACGACGAGGACUUCCGACUCGCUCUCGUGGCUCCUUGUAAAAGCCUUUACUGAUUCGAAAAUCAUGUCUUGAUACUUUCCCUUAAUGUGGAUCUGCAUAUAAAUCUGACUUUUUUUGUUUUUUUUUGUAACUGUGGCAAUUCUGAAAUGUUUCAUCGAUACCUUGACCACUCUGUUUUGUAAUGUUUGUAAUGUUGUUUCAGAUGAUCAUAUUCUUAUACUGUCUUUGUCUUUGUAGUU